UGAGGCGAGGAAGUCCGAAACCUGCAGCUGUUGGGUGAGCGCAGGAUAAUCAUGGCUAAACCCGAAAACCCCCCGCUGUAGGAUCAUUCGGGCCGCUCCCGAGCCGGAGGACAGGCAGAGACAACUUUGUAUACCACCGCUGCAGAGACCGAGACGGCGGAGGGCUUCCUCUGGUCCCUCCCUGCUGGAAGAAAUGUGGCUGAACCCGGAGGAAGUUCUGCUGAAAAACGCUUUGAAGCUCUGGGUGACCGAGAGGAGCAACGACUUCUUUCUCCUGCAGAGGAGGAGAGGCCACGGAGAGUCGACCGGCAGGAUCACAGGUCUCCUAGUGGGAGCACUGGACACGGUGCUGGACUCAAAUGCCAGGGUCACCCCCUUCCGCAUCCUCCUCCAGGUUCCCGGCUCCCAGAUCAGCUGGGUCAUCGCCAGUGGAGCUGCCAUAGAAGAGGUGAACAAGCACUGGGAUUGGCUGGUCCACAACCUGCUUCACUCUCUGUCUGUGUUUGAGAACAAGGAGGAUGUUGCAAGCUUUGUCAAAGGAAAAGUCAAGGGCCUUAUCGCCGAGGAGGUUCGGGGCCGGCAGGCUGCCCAGGAGGAGGACCCGGAGAAGUUCAGGGAGGCGCUCAUGAAGUUCGAGCUGCGCUUUGGCCUCCCGUCAUCGGAGAAACUGGUGACGUACUACUCCUGCUGCUGCUGGAAGGGCCGGGUGCCUCGGCAGGGCUUCCUCUACCUCAGCAUCAACCACAUGGCCUUCUACUCCUUCCUGCUGGGGAAGGAAGUCAAAUUUGUCAUUCCCUGGGCGGAGAUGACACGGUUGGAGCGGGUCUCCACCGGUCUGAUGACGGAGGCGAUCCGGGUCAACACACGGCAGCGGCAGAGGGAGUUCUCCAUGUUCCUGAACCUGGAUGAGGCAUUCGGGGUCAUAGGUCAGCUGGCUGACAUUGCCCUGAGGCGGCUGCUGGACAGCGAGGGCCUGGAGCUGGACCGAGUCCUGCAGCAGCCCGCACGCAUCACCAAGAGGAUCCUAGAGGAACAGGCGUUGAGGGAGUACGUCCUUGCUCUGUUCCGGCUCCCUCGUGGCGAAAGACUCCACGAGGUGGCGUCUUGUUCGGUGUGGACCCCGCACGCCCGCUGCCACACAGCCGGGACUCUCUACACCACCGACAGCUAUCUGUGUUUCUCCAGCCGAGAGGAAGGCAACUGCAUCCUGCUCAUACCCCUCUCAGAGGUGUUAUCCAUAGAGAAAGCAGAGAGCACCAGCCCGCUUCCCAACCCCGUGAUCGUGAGCAUUCGGACUAAGAAGGCUUUCCAGCUGAUCGAGCUGCAGGACAGAGACGAGCUGGUGGAGCGGCUCAACACCAGACUCAAAGCCCUGCAGUGGAAACAGUCCAUGUUCCGCAAGGGAGGGAGGGAGAGGAGCGUGAGCUCCCCGACACCCUACUACUACACCUUCUACUACGACACUGGGUUUUCUGAUGAAGAGGAGAUAGAGGAGCAGGUUCUGCGUAACACGGUCAACAGUGAGGCCUUGAUGACGGCCUUCCACCAAAACCAACCGGGAACAAAUGGCAACAAGAGCUUGGAGCAGGCGAAGGAGCGGCUGUGGGAGGAUCAUUUCUCCGAGUUCGGUCGCGGUGUGCACAUGUUUCGCACGGAGAAGAUCCAGAGACUUGUUGCCAUGGGGAUACCAGAGUCGCUGCGAGGGGAGCUGUGGAUGACACUUUCUGAUGCCUCCUCAGAGCUAGAGGCUCAUCAGGGCUACUACACCAGCCAGGUGCAGAAGUCAAUGGGCCAGAGCAACCUCGCCACGGAGGAGAUCGAGCGGGACCUCCACCGCUCCCUGCCGGACCAUCCUGCUUUCCAAAACCCCACCGGCAUCGCGGCGCUCAGGCGCGUCCUCACCGCCUACGCCCACCGCAACCCAAAGAUCGGAUACUGUCAGUCUAUGAACAUCCUGGCGUCCGUGCUGCUGCUCUACGCCAAAGAGGAGGAAGCGUUCUGGCUGCUGGUGGCUGUUUGUGAGAGGAUGCUGCCCGACUACUUCAACCGCAGAGUGAUAGGAGCUCAGGUGGACCAGUCGGUGUUCGAGGAGCUGAUCCGGGAGCGUUUGCCAGAGCUGGCUGAGCAGGUCCCAGACCUCUCCUCCCUCUCCUCUGUCUCCCUCUCUUGGUUCCUCACCCUCUUCCUCAGCGUGCUGCCCUUCCACAGCGCCGUCUGCGUGGUCGACUGCUUCUUCUUCCACGGGAUCAAAGCUAUCUUCCAGCUGGGUUUGGCCGUGCUGGAGGCCAACGCUGCUCAGCUCUCUGCCAGCACUGAUGAUGGACAGGCACUUAUGAUUCUCACGAGUUUUCUGGAACAGGUUGGAAGUAAAGAGUCGUCCCGUCCUCCGUCCUCCCCGCCUGCUGCAGAGGAGAGCAGCAGCAGCAGCGACACCGAUAUUCCCGCUGUGCGACACACAAACAUCACAAACCUCAUCAAUGAGUCCUACGAGAAAUUUGGAGACCUGACAGUGCGGCAGAUCGAGAGGCUUCGCUGUCGACACAGAAUCCGAGUGCUGCAGGCUCAUGAAGACACCACCAAGGAAAACGCUUUGCGAUUGGUGACUCCAGAUGUUUCCAUCCUUCCAGAGAUCUUGGCCGAUGUCUAUGACCUCUUCAAGACGGAGCACUUUAUCAGUCUGUACUGGGGUGACAGCAGCUCUGCGGCGGCGGCGGAGGCGGCAGCGUGGAGUUACGGUGACUCUGGUCGCUCCUACAUGGAGCGGCAGUACCGGCUGGACCGGCCCCAGUUCAAGAGCCUGUAUGGGCUGCUGGUGCCGUGGCCCGGCGGCUCUAACCAGCACACCGACACGGUGGCCAACCGCACCUUCACCCUGCUGGACCAGGACCGCGACAACCUGGUCACCUUUAGAGAGUUCGCUGGCUGGCUGGACACUUUGUACUGUGAAGAGCUAAAUGAGAAAAUAAGGCUGCUGUAUCGCCUCCACAUCCCACCAGCUCUGACAGAGAGUGAGGAUGACCCCUCUCUGAUGAAGAGCCCUCUGCUGUCCACCAACAGACCCCUCUGUGUUAAUCUGCCCUCCGGUGUUGAAGGUGAAGUGAAAGAUUACCAGGAGCAGCUGAAGCAGAUGCUGCAGGAUCUGGCCAAAGAGAAGGAGAAGGAUGUGGAGAAACCUCUGCCACUCAUGAACCAGCGGGAGUUCAUCCAGUUCUGCAAAACACUCUACAGCAUGUUCCACGGCGAGCCGGAGGAGAACGACCUCUUCCAGGCCAUCGCUACGGUCACCAGCCUCGUGCUGCAGAUCGGCGAGGCCGGCCACCGCGGGCACAGCUCGGGGUCAGAGGUCACCGGCAAAGAGGAGGCGAAAGGAGCACAGCCCGCACAGGUGACCGCUGAAGAUGCCGGGGCUGACGGGAGUUCGGCGCCGGCGGCGGCGGAGAAGGAGUGGACGGUCAGCUACGCUCAGAUCCUGGCGUCGCUGCUGACCGAGCAGGCGCUGGUGAACUUCUUCGAGAAGCCGACGGAUCUCUCGGCUCAGAUCGCAGCGGCCAGGGAGAAGCAGUACCACCAGCGGGCGGGGUUGCUCACACUGCAGCAAGGGAGCAGGUGACUGAAACGUGGACGGUGUGGAGCCACAGCAGAAGCCAAAUAAGUCGAAGAAGAAAACCCAGAAUAUCAGUAUCACUUGACUGAAUGUGACGGAACGCAGCGGCUUCACAUUCAGAAGCUAAAGAGCCUUAAAGUUAUCUGUGACAUUUACUAUAUCAGUACUAUGACUGGCUUAACAACAAACUGAUCCACUUUUGCCUGUAACUGACAACAGAAAGAAGAAAAUCUUUUGAGCCACAAAGACAAUUUUCCAAAUCUCUGAUGGUCACUUUGCGCCACGGACACCGAAAAAAUUACAGUUAUUGCCUUCGUAUGUCACCGUGAGGAUGCCUGCAGUUAGACUUCCACUUAUUAGGCACCGCUUAUAAAGUGUUUAUAACUAACUAAUGCUUUAUAGAUCAGUUAUAAGCCUUUUAUUUAAUUAACUUUUCAGUCGCCAGGUUGCAAAACAUCUCUGAUCAGUCAUUAACAGUGAAAUCAUUACUGGUGUCUCACUUUCUCUCACUUUCUAAUAAGCCAGGAACUCAUUAAUAAAAUGUUUACUUACUUCAUAUUAUCCAAAGUUGGUCAGUCAUCUGCUGUGAAAAAUGUAAAUAAGUGAAUAAUAAAAGGGUUUUUACAACAAUCUAAAAACCAAUACUGGGAUUUUGAUCCAGACUCUCACUUUUCCAGAGGGUCAGAGGUCAAAGGUUCCUUCAGAGCAGGAAACCUGAUAAACUAAUGAGCAGAGAAGCCAGUGUGCUGCUGGAGGAGGGUAAAGCCUAAUCACUUAUCUAUAAAGUGUUAGUACAUGAUACAACUAAAUACCUUUAUAAAGGCGGCCUUAUUAGAAAGUUGUGCUACUAAUCAUUACAAUCAACGGUGCAGCAUUAAGGACACAUCAAGCAUGUAACGACUGUUUUUUUUUUUUUUACUGAUUUUAUAACCUCUGUUUCUUUAAUAUCAAAUGUUUUCACAUGCACUC